AGUUUUCAGCAUGUGACUAAUGAAAAGUGAUGAACAGUGUGUGUAUUGUAUUUCAUGCCUUUGCACUGUCGUGAUUGCAUUUCUUUCUGGAAACUUCUGCCUAAUCUACUGCUGCAUUCGUACAGUACAUCUUCAGUAACUGCUUUAUCCUGGUUUUGGGAAAUAAAACCAACUAAAUUAGUUAGAAAAUGUCACUGGCAGGUACAAACAAGUCUAGUAAAAACAUACCUGUGGACAUCUCUGCUAUAAACCUGCAGAACGAGAUUGUUAUCAGUAUCAGCAUGUCAUUUCCUGCUUCUUCUGAACAAAGUACACUGGGAUAAGAAGGAAAUGGUGCCAAGGAUCAACGGACAAGCCAUGAUACUGAUCUACAUUGCAUCUGUUCUCGCCUGUUCAGCAGCCGAGUUCUCCAUAGUCGUCCCCAAUGCUUCAGUCUCAGCACCGUUGGGUUCUUCAGUCGUCCUGCCCUGUGGUCUGUCUCCAUCUUUAAAUGCCAGAACUUUUGAAGUUCGCUGGUCCAAGCAAGGUGAACAUGACCCGAUUCUGCUCUACCAAGACCAAAAAGUCCAGGAGAAUGUUGGAAAAGACCAGUACAGGGACAGAGUGUCUCUGAUUGGGGAACUGGACAAAGGGAAUGUCUCCUUGAAACUGGACAACCUCACAGUAGUCGAUAAAGGAGAAUAUAUUUGCUUUGUAAAGAGCAUCAGUUGGUAUGAGAAGGGCAGUAUGAACCUGGUUGUAAAAGCACUAGGUUCUACACCCCUCUUCUUACACAAAGAAGCUGGAGAAAAGGUGAACAUUACCUGUAUGUCAGGUGGAUGGUCACCCAAACCCACACUCACCUGGAGAGACAGUGCAGGACGAGAACUCCCAAACAGCCACACUUACUACAGAACUGGUAAUGACUCUGAAGGGUUGGUGAGUGUGAGCUCAUGGCUGCUUUUCUCUCCAUCUGACUCAGAGUGGAUCUCCUGUACUGUGGGUUUAAACGGUCAGGAAAUAAGAGAGGGCAGAAUUGUACCACUCAAAGGAUUCUGGAGGGAAGCGUUCAUCUCGACUCUGGUGCUUUCAUUAAUUGUCCUCAGCACCUUCACUGUUCUUCUGAUUUUAUUCAGAAAAGGUUUACUCCCGCACUGUUCAUCUCAUAAAAAUGCAAAAGCAGCAGCUGAUUCUCAUGUAUCCUUACCUGCAGAGACGGUUCCUCUUAAUGCUACAGAGAACGCUACUCAAGCUGAUCCUCAUGAAUCCUUACCGGUGAAGUCGGUUCCUCUUAAUGCUACAAAAAACACGAAUCAAGGUAUCUCCUCACUAUAUACACCUCCAGAACCUACUGAAGAAAGCUCUUGGAAAGUCAGAUAUAAAGUGAGUCUCACACUGGAUCCAUCAACAGCUCUCGGAUCUCUGAAAGUGUCCACGGAUUGUAAAAGUGUUUCCUAUGAAAAACCAAGCGGUGAUUCUAAAUCUAAAUUUCCUCAUGUUCUGAGUAAAGAGGAGCUCAGUUCAGGGCUGUUCUACUGGGAAGUGAUGGUAUGGGAUAAAACAUCAUCUGCACAGCCAAACUCAUCAUGGUGUGUAGGAGUGACUCAGAAACCCCACUCAGACAGCGUCCUCAAAGCUCUUUGUUAUGAAGAAGGCAAAGGCUUAUAUCCUAAUACUCAGGAUUUCACUAACCUAACCAGCAAAUAUACCGUGACGAAAUUAGGGCUAUAUUUAAACUGUCAAAGUAACGCUCUUUCCUUUUACAAUGUAGAUAAAACCUCUCAUAAUCUUCUCUACACAUUUCAUAACAUGCCACAUGGCACAUAUUUUGCACUGUUCAGUCCAGGAGUGAAAGAUUUAAAUCGUGUCAGAAUUCUAGAUUAACAUGAAAACUCAGAGUCAGCUAAAAAAGUGCAUUAAGGCCAGAGGUUUGUUUUCAUCUUCAGCAGGUACAACUUCCUGUGUCUAUAAUAAAUCUAAUGAACUCGGAGGACCGUUACUCAUAUUCAGAUUCAGGUUACACACAUGCUUACAGAAAAGAGGAUUUUCUUUCAGAUUCUGCAGAUGACUGGCGUGUAGUUCACACUGUAGUGCACGAUUUCAGUAUUAAAUCCUCCUGAAUCAGAGGGCAACUUUUUAAAAGCAGUAAUGUAAUGCUGUACAUUUGCUAGUUAUGACAUUGUGCUUUUCUGCUUUGGUGCGUUCUGUUUUAUUAAAUGCAGUUUAUAUAUAACUAUCUCCUGUCUCCUUUCCCUGUUCUCUUGGGGUAGAUCUGUUCUCAACUAGGUUCAUAUUUCACAUGUCAUUCAAUGCAGUCAGUAUUUUACACAACUGAAACAGAAUAGAAACAUUCUAGGGUUGGAUUUUAAUGAAAGACAAAUAACAUCACUGCAUUGUUUAACUAGUAUAUUGUGAAACUCCAAAAGAGCAGAUGCUGUAUAUUGGAAAAGGUUUCGAGUUCUCUUGUCUAUUGGCAGAUAAUUUUGCAAAUUUUAAGCAUUUAGUUCUAGAAAGAAACACAAUUAUCUGCCGAUAGAAUAAGAAAAUGUAAAGCUUGAAAUGAGUAACAAUGAUUUAAUGAAUAAUGAUACAGGUUUAUAGGCUUCUAGUUUAAACAGAUAGAUAGAUAGAUAGAUAGAUAGAUAGAUAGAUAGACAGACAGACAGACAGACAUAAAAUCCUUCAGUGUUCUAUCUAGAACCUACAACACAGUAGUUUCCUAUCAAAAAAGCUUCCAAGUAAAACCUCAGUUUGGAAGUUCAGAACCCCGAAUUAUCCAAUGAAUCCUUAAAGAACUCCAAGUUCCUGGUCAAUAUUUUCUUACCAUCAUGCUCACCAUGGACAAUUCCUCCCCAGACCACCAGAGGGUGCUCUCACUCAUUGUUUGAAUUUAUUCUUUUGUUGCCUGCUCCAUUUCCUUCCUUGAUUGUUCUCACCUGUUUUAUGUUUCUCCAGUUAGUUCCCUAUUUACGGUCUGUUUUCCCUCCUUACGUGUGAAACAUUGUGUGUGUUUGUGUGUAGUUGGUGUGAUUGCUGGUAUUUUAUGUUCUGUUUACACCAUGAGUGGUUUUUGUUUCCUUGUUGAGUUUCUUUUCUUUGCCUCGCCUCGCCUCAGUCUAGUUCCUUGUUUUAGUUGUCCCAGUUUUGGGUCCUUUUCCAGUCUUCGCUUGUUUUUUUAGUUGUUUUGUUAUUAAAGAAAUUUUGCAUUUG